UCAAAAAGAAGGUAUACGGAUGGUGAUUCUUCUAAGGGAAGAAAUCACAUCUCUUUGGUGUGGAAUUGUGCUAUGGAUGAGAAGUUAAUUGAAGCUCUUUUGCAUUAAGAUGUGAUUGGAAACCGGCACAAUUCCGUCUUUUCACCAACGGCUUACAAUCAAAUAGUGGCUGAACUCCAAGAAAUGUUUCCCGAUAAGCCAAUUGAUAAGGAUAAGGUGAAAAAUCGUAUGAAGUAUAUGAAGUCAAAAUGGGCAGCUUGCUAUGACUUGUUUAAGAAUGCGGGCAGCGGCUUUGCUUGGAAUCGCAACACUAACAUGUGGAGUGCAGAACCUGAAGUGUGGGAUCAACUAAUUCAGGCUCAUCCAGAAGCUACUAAAUGGAGGACCAAACCUAUUCAAAAUUACGAUAAACUACUAAAGCUUUUUGCAGCUGAUAGAGCAACAGGAGAGCAUGUCGAAACUGCGGCUGAGAUACGAGAGAGGAGGCGGUCUUGUACUGAUACUAACGAGGUUGAUGUUGAUCUUACAAUUGAUGGCAUUGAUGACAUGGUUUCCAGGGAGGAAAUCAUCUUGGAGAGUUUUGAUGGUAACCAAGAAGCAAUUGACAAAGAAGAUUUUCGUGGGGCUACAAUGGAGACUAGGUCAACAGCAAAUUCACUGAAGAAGAGCAGAAAGUCAAAGGAGGAUGCUGGUGCUGAAAAAAUUUAUAAUGGCAUAGAAAAAGUGGCUGAAGCAAUGCUUGCAAGUGCUGAGAUAUUCAACAAGGCUCAGGAAAAGACUAUAAUUAAAGCGGAUGAUCUUUGGAGUCUUUUGGUUGAGAUUGGAGUCGACGACGAACACAUUGAUGAUGCAUACAUAUUCUUACUUAAUUCUCCAGAGAAUCUAAGGGGAGUACUUGGAUGUCCAAGAGAGAGGCCGAAGCAAAUACUCGUGAGGAUGAUGCAUAAGGCAUCUAUGCCACCCCUGCCUCAUUAUUAGCUUUCUACUUACUCAGCUUUAAUAUUUUGGUUUUCUACUUUUGAUAGAUGCUUUUGGGUAUUUGGUGGCAAUUAUGGCUUCUUGUCACUUUUUUGUUAUUAUAUGGCAAUUACAAACUUGUUGCCGAAUUAUGGAUGCUUAUGGCAAACUUGGAAUAGUAGAUGGCGAUUGUAAUUUCUUGUCACUUUUUGGUUA